CCUCUCGGUACGUUUGUGCAGCUCUUAGGUCCGCCAAACAAUUUCCAUUUAACCUCUGCCGUGCAGAUUUCUAUCGCCGACGUUACACGCGAAUAAUCGAACUCUGAUAAGAAGCUGAGCAGAGAGUUCGACAGCACGCGGCAGACGUGAUAGAAGCAGCUGUCAUGGCGAAGGACCCUCCAGAGCUGUCGAAGCCUCUGGCCGUCCCUUCCUCGUCAAGGGACUCCGGCCGGAGCUCUCCCUCGCCGUCGGUCUCGCAGUCAGUCCCACGCGCAGAACCGACCGCAAGAUUAGGCUCGCCCGUGCCCUCUUCUGUCCAGUCUCGUACGCCCGCAGUUGGACAGAUACCGACGCCCGCGCAGCUCGAAGAAGUCUCCCCAGUGCCUAUACAGACACCGUUGGCCGGACGCGCUGAGCAGAAGUCGUCGCUGCCAGGCCCAGGCACAUCAGCCUUGUCUUCAGCGCUGAAGGAGUCUUUCGGCAAGAGUCCUCCAAGAUUCGCUCCCCCGUCUGCCACGCCGCAGUCGCCCGCAGUCAACGCUGCUGGUUCUGGUCGCGGACCUCCAAGCAACUUCGGCUCCUAUGAUGGUCGAGGUCGCUCUCCCGUACCCUACGAAGACCCCGAAAUUGUGCGCCGGCACUUGGUGGGACGGUAUGGGUCACCUAGCAGGUCAACCCGUGGAUUUGGCGGCGACGACGAGUCACAAAGCAGAAGAGGUGACGACGACGACGACGAUGAGUUCAACAGUCUGCAGCUGCAGGGCGGCGACAUUACACGGCAGAUAUACAGGUGGAGCGAGCAGCAGGCUGCGGAAGAGCGAGGGAAAAUGGCUCGCAGCAAGAGCUUCCACGCUUCUCGCCCCAAGGACGAUAACGACAUCAGCGCAUCGUCUAUUCGACAGCCAGGAGGUUUCCGUCGGCAGUACCUGCGUAAGAACGCACCCAGCCCGUCACCUGCGCCCGGUCCCUCUGGCUACGGUACCAUUGGUGAACCUGCCCAGCAACGGUCUCAGCCCUUCACGAGUAAUUUCCUCGAGUUCUUGACCCUCUACGGCCACUUCGCUGGUGAGUCGCUUGAAGACGAUGAUGAGGUACUGGGGCCGGACGAGUACUUUUCCUCCGAUGCCUUGGACUCAGGCGAACACUCUGAAGAGGAAGGCGAAUACGGCGAGUCAAGUGGUCUGUUACCCGCUACACCUGGUAAACGGCGGAAGAGGAAGCCAAAGCCUGAGGGCAAGGGCACACCAACAGGUGCUGCCAUGCUGCUUCUCAAGUCAUUCGUCGGUACUGGUGUCCUCUUCCUGCCCAGGGCGUUCCUCAACGGUGGCAUGGCCUUUUCAAACGUAGUGCUUCUUGCUGUCGCAGGCUUGUCGUACUUCUGCUUCGUACUGCUCGUCGACACACGUCUUGCCGUGGAGAGUUCGUUUGGUGACAUGGGCCUCCAUCUCUACGGAAGGUGGAUGCGCAACCUGAUCAACUUCUCUCUCGUCGUUUCGCAGAUAGGCUUCUCGUCUGCCUACAUCGUCUUCGUGUCUGAAAACCUCCAAGCAUUUGUCUUGGCUGUCACAAAUUGCGCAACUUUCAUCGAUAUCAAGUACAUGAUCUUGAUGCAGAUGGUCGUCUUCCUGCCCCUUUCGCUCUACCGCAACAUCAACAACAUCCAGAAGCUCGCGCUCAUUGCGGACGCUUUCAUCCUUCUGGGUCUUGUCUACCUGUAUUACUACGAUUUGUUCACCAUUGUCCAUCAGGGCGGCAUCUCCGACAUUGCGAACUUCAACCCCAAGGACUGGACACUCUUCAUCGGCACAGCAAUCUUCACAUUCGAAGGCAUUGGCCUGGUCAUUCCGAUCCAGAGCAGUAUGAAGGAUCCCAAGAAGUUCCCCAAGGUUCUCGGAGGCGUCAUGAUCAUCAUCACCAUCGUUUUCGUCAGUGCCGGAGCCCUGUCAUAUGCUGCCUUUGGUUCUAAGACCAAGACUGUUGUUCUGCUCAACAUGCCGCAGGACAACAGAUUUGUCAACUCUGUUCAGUUCAUCUACUCGCUUGCGAUCUUGCUCUCGACACCGCUGCAGAUCUACCCGGCCAUUGAGAUUACCAGCCAGCAAUUGUUCAGUAGGACGGGCAAGUAUAACCCACUCAUCAAGUGGAAGAAGAACUUCUUCCGCUUCUUCAUGGUCGUGCUCUGCGCUUGCAUCGCAUGGGCGGGUGCGGGCGAUCUCGACAAGUUCGUCAGUCUUGUGGGUAGUUUUGCCUGUAUCCCGCUGGUCUUCAUCUACCCCGUAAGUUACACACUCUGGUUCUCUCCCUCACAAACUGCGAUUCCUAAUCUCUCCAUAGCCCAUGCUUCACUAUCGCGCAGUUGCCAGGACAACAAUUGCGCGAACACUAGACAUUCUCAUGUGCGUCGUGGGCUUGAUCGCUAUGGUCUACACCACAUCCCUCACGAUCCAGAGCUGGGUUGCAGGAGGCAAACACAAGGCCCCCGGGUACUGCGAUGGUCGAUAAGCUUGUUUCCAGCUCUCAAACUUUCACACAGCAAUGAUGGUCAAGCGGUUCCAUUGUAUCAUAGGUUUCUCAUCAGGCUAGUUGGGUAUAGAUGGCCUCCAGACUGGAUACAAGCCAGCGCAGCGAGCUGUGCCUCGAAUAUACAUAUUAUCAUAAGCAGAUGUCAGCAGCAAUGCUCUCACACACUUCCAAAACUUGCCACAUGCAAACAACUCUGCACAUCGGUGCACGUUCACACGCUGCUAUAGGGGGGUUGGGUCCGCGAAAUGUUGCCAGCAUUGGUCAGCCGCUCAUAAGGCUGAAGUGCGGCUGACAGUAGCGCGCG